UGAUGUGCGCUUAAUGUUCAGCCUUUGAACGAUGUAAUAUAUUGUGCGGUGUAUUACCAAAAUAUCUUGCUGUUGUCAAAAUCAGCCAUCAUUGUUUUUCGCUGGGAAAAAUGUAUUCACUGUUUUGAUGUCUCCUCCCAUGUUAGCCACUGGGAAUCGAGACGGAGCAAACAACGGUGUCGACGGAAACUAGCAAAACCACAAUUCGAUAGUGUUUCUGCGAAAGCGAUGCCAAAAUGAGCUCCACUGAGGCCCACUGGGAACCAUUGGCUGAGAUUUAUUUGUCGUAUCCAACAAUUACUACGUCUCCACCAACCACAUCCGAGACAAGCAGGGAUAAGAAAAAGUGCAUAUAUUGUCUAUGCAGUCGAGUUUUCAUCAAGAACUAUUAUGAUGUUUAUGUGUCGACCCUGGAACGGGGUGAGCCCAGUAUGUCAGAAGUACCCCUACUAGUGGAUCAACAGCAAUCGACGAAACUGGACGACGACGAGCAGUUUGUCAAACAGCAAGACUCUAUUGACGCUGGCGAAGAAGUAGAGGACGACGUUUUUAGUGAGGAACCCCUGAGAAAGCAGCUGAGUUUCGGGCGAAACGUUGUGAAGUGGGAACGCGAUGGUGCUGGCAGUGAAGUUAGCUGUUACUUCAGUGCCAGUGCUUCGCAUUCCGACACAAAUUACUGUAGCACCGACGAACAUGAGCACAUCUUCCAUGGCACCGUGGUAGCGCAUCAUGGUUUGCAGUCUAGCGACAGUGGGGCGGAUAUCUCGGAGAAAAAUUUCGAACGAAAGAACUAUGAGAUAGUGGAUGCGUUGGUCGAUGUUAGCAAGACUGCUUCGAUAGUGCACGUGGAGCGUAAUAACAGUCUGCCGGAGGUUUUCGGUCCGGAAGAUUUGCAGGAAGCCUGGGAAACUUUCUGGAACAAACAUGGAGAGUCGAUCAUCUGGGCAUCCUGGAUCGAAAAAUACAGCGACUAUAUAAACCCUGAGUACCUACAGGAGGCUCAAGAUCAUGACACGAGUUCUAUACAUUCCAGAAGCGAUGCAACACCAGACACCACGUAUGACGCCUCCAAGCAUUUUUCUUUCGACACCAUGGAUGCGGAUCCAGUGGACUCGAAUGUAACAACGGAAAUUGUUGUUUCGACUUGUUCGCCUCAUCCUUACAGCCGCCACCACGAUGGCUGGAAUCCUUUGAAGCCUUGCACAAGUGACGAUAUAUGGACUUCGCACCGUUCCGGAUACACUGACAAUGAAGCAUUGCUCAGUCCACGAUGUGACUCGGUCACGUCCAGCAUUCCACUGACAAUGUGCACCACGGACUCGAUGACCAAUGUAACUCGUAUGACAAUCUCCAGCUAUGAUUUUUGCAGUUCAAAAGUUAGUUCGGAAUCUUCUAAUCUGAGCGAGUCCAGCUUAAGUGAGCACGUUUCAUCGGGAGUGGAAAGUUCCAAUAGCUCAGACAUGUUGGAGACGGAAUGUCUCGUGGGAGCUACUAAUGGCAUUGCGGCAACAUCCACUAUGCAAGGGGAUGAUGCCGCAAUGGAUGGAGAGCAGUAUUGGCAAAUUCUGUGGCAGAAACAUUUCCAGGAACUGUAUGCGAAGCACUUCAAUCUGUUCAUGGCAGAAAAAAGCAAAGUACAGAGCCUCGUUGAGUUGCGUACGAAGCUGCACAAACGGAAGAGAAACAGCAGUAGUGGAUCCGGGGUGGUUCACAGCAAAUCAACCUCCGAAAAACUUCCCGAUAUGGUAGCACAAUUGAAGCUAGAAUUCGCAUCACCUAAAAGGAAGGACCACUCCAACACGGUAAUAGAUGGCGAAUCCGAUAAGCAGACCUCUUCUAGCGAAAAGAAACAGCCACCGAAUGAACAUGUUGCAGAGGAUUUGUCCCGUGCGCUGGAAUCGUAUGGAUUGCCAACGUCGUUCGGGAAGAGUGCAGCGUUCGGCCAUAAGAGCUCUGGGAACGAUGAGGAUCCGCCAGAUGAACGUGCAGUAAAUAUGAAGAGAAGCCACGAAAGUGACACCGAGGAAACACCAAACGAUCGGCUCAAAGCGGCCUUUGAGCUGAUGGGAUACGCCUUCUCCGAUCCGGCCAACAACAGCGAAUCAGCUGACUCAAUUAUCAAUAUUACCGGUGAGGUGGUUUAUCGGAAGAAACAUAUAAGACUACACAAUAGGGUGCUAAAGAUGAAACAUCAUAAGCCUAAGCAUACGUUUUUCGAUGACGAUGGCAAUGAGGUACCGGCUCCGGGUUCGGAGAAGGAAGACGGUGCCCCGGAAGCCCUGCUGCACACAUCUUCGGAUGAUGACGAUCCAAGUGGGGUGGUGCCGUCGAGAAGCGUGUCAUCCAGUGUCAGAUCGAGCACCGUUCUGGACUACAGUCAAUUGCAGGGGAAGGAAGCUGGUGCGCAGCUGGAGGAGAGUGAGGAUGCAAACAAGCUUGAUGAGAAUCUGCCUUCGGAAGAGGCCGUGGAUGAGGUGGAUGCUGCCCAGGCUCCCACCAAAAAGGAAAAGAAGAAGAAACGCAAGCCAAAGUUCGUCGCCAGCUUGCCGCCGGAAAUCGCCAACGAUAAGUCGCUGCUCAAGUACUGGUACAAGCGUUUCUCGCUGUUCUCCCUCUUCGAUGCGGGCAUUAAGCUGGAUCGCGAAAGUUGGUUUUCUGUCACACCGGAAAAGGUAGCCUCACACACGGCCGAACGCUGUCGGUCGGAUUUGAUUGUGGAUGCUUUCUGCGGUUGUGGGGGCAACACUAUCCAGUUUGCCUUCACCUGCGCUAAAGUGAUUGCGAUCGAUAUCGACCCGAAGAAGAUUGAGAUGGCGAAGCAUAACGCUACCGUUUAUGGGGUGGCCGAUCGGAUUGAGUUUAUCACCGGGAAUUUCUUGCAGCUGGCGGAUCGCCUCCGGGCGGAUGCAGUGUUCCUGUCGCCACCAUGGGGUGGUCCAAAUUAUCUGAAAGAUGAAGUGUACGACGUGGAAACGUCACUUAUUCCUGUUCCUGCAACGGAGCUGAUGAGGAAGGCACGCCAAGUCAGCCGAAAUAUAGCCGUAUAUUUGCCUCGUAAUUCCAAUACUCAACAGCUGACGAUGUUAGCUGGACCGAACAACGCAGUUGAAAUCGAGCAGAACUUUCUCGAUCGAAAGUUAAUCGCACUCACCGCCUAUUACGGAGAUCUCAUCAAUGAAUGAGAUUGCAAAAGUGUCACCAUAAGGUUACUUAAGUAAUUGAACGAAGCAUUAAUAUUUUAAAUAUCGGAAGUAUUGAAAAGUUUUGUUUGUUUAGUAUUUGUGGAAUUAUCGUAAUUUCUACAGUUGUGAUACAAUCGUAAACAGAGAACAGAAAACAGAGAACAAGUGGAAUCAUUUUCCUUGCAUCAGAUUAAUAGCAAUAGCAACGAGACAGAUUUGAUACAUCUUUUAUAUUUUUGUAAACGCAACAAAGUUCAACAUUACAUCCGAGAAGAUUGCUUAUUUACCCUAUUCAGCAACCAAACAUUUUUAAUCAAUUAGGUCGUUUUUGAGCAAUGAUCGAUCCGUAAUACUAGGCAAUCGAUUUGUCUAACUCGCGUUUUAGGUAAUAGACAUAUCUUUAAUUUCUAAAUGAUUUUAUAGUUAAGUAGUGGAUUUUGUUUCGUUUCUAAGUACGAAGAUCACUUCAACGCUCGUUACACACUAACUUAAACUAAUAAUGUAACUUAUGUGGAAAAAACAUACAUUUUAUUUACGCGUGUCGUUCGGUACAAGUGUGAGUAAUAAAGGAAACGUACAUCAUGACAAUU